AUGCCUGACGCCACCUCCCGCUUUUGCCAGACACCUGGCCGAGUGGUGGAGAACAUCUCCAAACGCUGCGGGGGCUUCCUGAGGAAGCUGAGCCUCAGGGGCUGCCUGGGCGUCGGGGACAGUGCGCUGAGGAUCUUCGCCCAGAACUGCAGGAGUAUCGAGGUGCUCAGCCUCAACGGGUGCACCAAGAUCACCGACACGACCUGCACCAGCCUCAGCAAGUUCUGCCCCAGGCUGAAGCACCUGGACAUGUCCUCCUGCACUUCCAUCACAAAUCUGUCCCUCAAAGCACUCAGUGAGGGCUGCCCCCUGCUGGAGAAGCUGAGCAUUUCCUGGUGUGACCAGGUAUCCACAGACGGGCUGCAAGUGGUGGCGCGCUGCUGCCCGGGACUCCGCGGACUGUUCCUCAAGGGCUGCACGCAGGUGGGCGACGAGGCCCUGAAGCACAUCGGGGCUCGCUGUGCAAACCUGCUGACCCUCAACCUGCAGACGUGUUCGCAGGUCACGGACGAGGGACUGGUCGCCGUCUGCCAGGGCUGCCCCCGGCUGCAGGCCCUCUGCGUAUCUGGCUGCAGCAGCCUCACGGAUGUCGUCCUCAACGCCUUGGGCCUGAACUGCCCCUAUCUGAGGAUACUGGAGGUGGCCCGCUGCUCCCACCUCACAGACGUGGGCUUCACCACCCUGGCUCGAAACUGUCACGAGCUGGAGAAGAUGGACCUGGAGGAGUGCGUGCAGAUCACAGACGCCACGCUAAUCCAGCUGUCUAUCCACUGCCCCCGGUUGCAGGUCCUGAGCCUGUCCCACUGCGAGCUGAUCACGGACGACGGCAUCAGACACCUGGGCAGCGGGCCAUGCGCCCACGAUCGGCUGGAGGUGGUGGAGUUGGACAACUGCCCUCUGAUCACCGACGCCUCCCUGGAGCAUCUGAAGGUCUGCCACAGCCUGGACCGCAUUGAGCUCUACGACUGCCAGCAGAUCACCCGCGCCGGGAUCAAGAGGCUCCGGACCCAUUUGCCAAACAUCAAAGUGCAUGCCUACUUCGCUCCUGUCACUCCGCCCCCGUCCGUCGGGGGAAGCCGUCAGAGGUUCUGCCGCUGCUGUGUUCUGCUGUGAAGGACCACUCCUACCGCCAGAGACCCAGAGGACUGACUGCGUGCAUGCACAUACGCUGGGCUUCCGGACCUGGUCACGCCCGACCCUGUGAGCGCUGUGACGCUGCCCAUUGGGUGCUCAAGAACAGCAACUGGGUUCAUUCCUUUGUUUACUUUUCAGUCCAACUUCAAAAUUUCUUAUUCUUUAGGGGCAACGAACUGCGGGGUCAUUAGAGUCACCUACAGGAAGUACUUACCUCUACUUUCAAAAUUCUGCUGACCACCUUUACUGUGUGGAAUCUUCCGGCAAAUUUGAUGACGGAGAAUGUGCUUUCACCUCACAUGCUGGCUUCCUGACAAGAAAGAAGAAAAAAUAUAUAGAAAUACAAACAUGGACUAGAGCGUUCUAGUUAUUUUUGUUCUAAGGUUAAACGUAUGGAUGCAAGUACUGUAGGACUAUUCUAGGGCCCAUGCUGUAAUCGGAAAUGACUUCACUCUGGCAUCUACAUACAAAGAAGAGCUGGAGAUGUAACUGCAGAAAUGUGCAGCUGCUGGAUGGUCAUGGAGUGUUUAAGAUGAGACAUUGCUGCUAGAGAUACAUUGGUGGGGGGUGGGGAUUUUUGCACAAUUAUCACAUAAUGAGGUAUAUUGGAACCCAUUGCUUAUUUGAGGGAGGGUGAGAAAACUUGUUAAAGCAAAUCAGUGUUUUAGGAUUUGCUGCAAAAAUGGAGGAUUACGGAAUGACAAGUUGCUCAUGAUGUACCUCAGGGGAGAGCGACUGUCCAACCUGGGCGCGCAUCCCACUAAAUCCAGGCAGGAGAUAACCAAUCAGAUUGUAGAGGAGGUGGGACCAACCAAUCAUAUCUUGGUCCCGCCUCCUCUAGUUGCUUGGACCCACCUCCUCUUCAAUCUGAUUGGUUAUCUCCCUGAACCAAUCAUUUUCCCUUCUGCCCUCAGAACAAUUUUAUGCAAGUAAAACUCCCAUGAGCUGGAUCUUGACAGAGGAACAUGAGGCAGAUCCGUAACUCUGCCAUGUCCACAGCUUCGUCGGUUCAGCUGUGGAAAUUUCACCCCCACUCCUCAUUCCCCGAGGGUCCACCACUCAAUGAGGGUUUUUUGUUGCCCCCUCAUUGACUUAUUUUCCAGGUGUUCUCCUGAUGCAGUGUCACUUCCCUUCAGUACUGAAUGUCUGAAUUUCUCUUCUUUGUUUCUCUCAGCCAGCACUAUAUUACUUGAAAUACCAUCUUAACUCUACUGAGGGUGGAUGCAAUUAGAAGGAAAUUAAUUUAUCCGGGGCUGAUGUUUUAUCUUCGAGCACCAGACUUUUCCCGUUUAGGAAAUUAUUCUCAAACAUCACAGGGAAUGUGGCCAUGUAGGGACUUGACCUCAAUUUCUCCAGCAUAAUCAAAUAAAUAGGAUAAAGUGACUAAUUUUCAUUGGAUAAAAUAUAUCAGUUCCUAAGCCAAUAAACAGAAUAUAAACGGUCUAUAAUCAACAACUUUCCCUUACAUUGUGAACAUUGUGACCAGUUCUUUAACUGGCCCAAAAUUCAGCUAUGAAAUGCCAUAAUUAUGCACUUGUUGAGAAGCUGGGCAUGUUGUUGUACAUUCAUUCCCCCAAGACAGAAAGCACAAAGUGCUGACUCCUACUGGUGGGAGGUGGUACUGCCUGCACUUUGUGUGUCAGCUCUUCUCAGGAAUUCCGAAUUUAAUGAAGAUGACUUAAAAUGGAAAAAAUGGUUCAAAUUCCUUUAUCUGAACAUGAUUUCAUCUUUUUUUAAGAAUGUAUGUAAUACAUGAUGCAUAUAUUGUACAUGCAUUAUAAAUAUUAAAACUUUUUUUUCUGUGCAUCAUA